AUGGGCCAACCGUCUUUUCAGGCAUCCAAUGCCAUCAUCUAUCUCACAUAUGGAGCCUUCCUCGUUCUGGGAACAGGAAUCGCUUGGCGGAUGAGAAACCAGUCCAAGCAGGAUUUCUUGAAUAGCAAUGGAACACAGAGUGCCCUCGGAGCUGGUAUUCUCUUCUCCUACCCUGAGCUCGCAACCAUCACCGGUGUUCAGGGAGUCAUCAUUUACGCCUUGGCUUCGGCAUUGCCAAUGCUCCUUUUUGGAGCUCUCGGACCUAUUAUCCGUCGCAAAUGUCCCGAAGGCUUCGUCUUGACAGAGUGGACGAGACAGCGAUAUGGAACCGUUGCAAUGCUCUACCUCAGCUUCAUGACCUUGGUUACCUUGUUCCUGUACAUGGUCGCAGAGUUGUCUGCUCUCGGUCAAGUUGUUAGCACAUUGACCGGAAUCGACAGCCUGCCAGUCAUCAUCGUUGAAUGCGUCAUCACCACCAUCUAUACUUCCUUGGGUGGAUUCAAAAUCUCGUUUUUGACAGACGUCGUCCAAGGCGGGAUGGUUGUUGGCCUCAUCAUUAUUGCCACCAUCACUGUUGGUGCCAAGACAGAUAUCCAGCGCGACCUUAUCGAUUCGUCGCACCUCCUGGAACCCAGUCUUCUGGGCUGGCAGCUCCUGUACAUUUUGCCUGUUGCCGUUUUCACCAACGACUUCUUCCUGUCCAACUUCUGGCUUCGAACAUUCUCCUCGAGAUCUGAUAAGGACCUAUGGAUCGGUGUGUCCAUUGCCAUGGUCACCAUUCUAUGCAUCCUCACGCUUGUCGGCUGUACCGGUCUGAUUGCUGCUUGGAGUGGCGCAUGGCCAGGUGAACCAGCGCAGGCGGGCUCAUUGGCAUUCUUCUUGCUACUUGAGCGGUUGCCCAACUGGGUUGUUGGCAUUAUCCUCGUCAUGGUUGUAUCCCUCAGUACCGCUGCCUUUGAUAGUUUGCAGUCUGCCAUGGUGUCUUCGGCCUCCAAUGACUUGUUCCGCAACCGCCUCAACAUCUGGUACAUCCGUGGGAUGGUCGUGCUCAUCAUCAUCCCUGUCGUGGUUGUCGCACUGCGGGCAUCGUCUAUCCUACAGAUUUAUCUCAUCAGCGAUCUCCUCUCCGCAGCUACCAUCCCCGUCCUGUGUCUCGGACUCAGCGACAGACUCUACUGGUGGCGUGGGUUUGAAGUCGUUGUCGGUGGCCUGGGUGGAAUCUUGACAGUCUUCAUCUUUGGAGCUAUUUACUAUGGCGAUGCCAAGGAAGGCGCUCAACUUCUUCUGCUUGAGAAUGGUCUGUACGCCAAUGAUUGGAGCGCGUUUGGCGCAUUCGUCGCUGCCCCUUUUGGUGGGCUCCUCUGGGGCUUUGGUGCUCUUGCGCUGCGCUUGUCUUUCCAGUAUAUCAAGGCCAAGAUUCGCCAUGAGCGAUUUGAUGCCCUGGAUCGACCACUGAUGACUCGCACGGUCAGCGACUCGGAUGUGCCGCGUGAGACUGUGGUCACGUCCACAAAGGCUGGCAAGUUCUUUUAA